AUUUGGGCGGCAAGCAAGCGAGACUUGUGUGUGGCGGAUCGAGCAGUUACGCAGGUCAGAAGAACGCCUCGCUGGUGGACAGCAAGCAGACUGCACACUCGCGCUCAGUACUGCACAAGUAGCCAUAUCACUGCCUCGAGCAAAAACGGAAGAGGGUUGCGGUAGACGCGCAAAAGCUGAGCACACACAAGAGAGAUCGCUUACUAGGCGCGCAGGAGGAAGAUGAGCGCCGCCGGAAAGCCGGAACCGCUGCGCCGCCGCCUCACCGCGCCCACCAUCGACCCCGACAUCGGCGCGAGCGAGCUCACGGAGCAUGAUGAUGAUGACGACGAGGCCGUCGCCACGCCGCCGAAGCAGACGAACUGGGCCGCCACAUUAAUAGCGGGCGGCAUCGCGGGCGGCGCGUCGCGGACGAGCGUCGCGCCGCUCGAGCGCAUCAAGAUCUUGUUCCAGGUCCAGGGUAUCAGUGCGGGUAGUAGGCCCGUGCUCCACACGUCGGUGGCGGAGUCCCUGCGGAGUCUGGUACAAAGAGAUGGUGUGAGAGGCCUCUGGAAGGGCAACGGCCUCAAUUGUGUAAGGGUCGUGCCGUCGAGCGCGAUUCAGUUCGGCGCCUACGCUCUGUACAAGCAACUGCUCUUCGGGGCGAAGGCGGGCCAGCAGAACCUGCCGACCUACCAACUCAUGGUCGCGGGCGGCCUGGCCGGCGCCACGUCGACGGUCUGCACGUACCCGAUCGAUCUCGUGCGGGCGCGGCGGACGGUCGAUUUUAGGGACGCGGUGCCCAAGAAUUUGGUGGCGUCGUGGGUCGACAUCUGGCGCGCCGAGGGCGCGCACGGCCUGUAUCGAGGCGUAUUACCUUCAUUAUGCGGCAUCGUCCCGUACAAGGCGGUAGACUUCGCGGUGUUUGAUGUGCUGAAGCGAGUGUGUAGGAGGAAUAAAAUCGGGGUCGACGAGAAGGGCGACUGCCGGCCCUUGACCAAAGUUGGUGUCGGAGGUAUUGCUGGUGUGUGUGGUAUGACGGUCGCGUUCCCCUUCGAUACGGUGCGCCGUAACUUGCAGGUCGCCACGCUUAAGGUAAGACACGAGGAGAAGCUCGAGACGACCAUGUCGGGCUCGAUGCGCGCGAUUACCUUGAAUUGGACGCGGCCCCUGAAUCUCUACCGAGGGCUGUGGCCGAACUAUCUGAAGGCGGCGCCGUCGGUCGGCAUUUCCUUCGCGACCUUCGAAUCUGUGCGCGACGUCCUGGACAGGCGUUUCGAAAAGUAAAUAGUUAUAUC